AUGUCAAACGUAGUGCCAAUUAAAACAGCUGAUGGAAGUGAUGUUGGCUUCUAUAAUGUUAACAACGAUGAACUUAAACUCUUUUUACAACUUCUUUCACCUUGUAACUCAUUAACCGCUCAGGCAUGCGCUGUUGAAUAUUUCCGACGUCUACUGGUUCACGAUCACCUUCCACCUCUACCUAUUGCUGAUACACUCAUUGAAGGUCUCAUUCGCUGCUUACGAGUGAACUUUGCCAAUAUUCAAAGAGAUGCUGCCUGGGCUCUUACUAACUGUGCCUGCUCACCGCAUGAAAUAUGCUAUAAAAUAAUUCAAUAUGGUGGCAUAGAAGCAUUGAUUGAAUGUGCCGAAAUGACAGAUGGUGAAACCCGAGAUCAGGUUUUCUGGACACUUGGUAAUAUCGCAUUGGAUUGCCCCACUUGUCAAGAAAAGAUACAGGACAGUGCUGCACUGCCUGUUAUGAUCAGUGUUCUUGUUAAUCCCAUGUUCAUUCAUUCAAAAUGGAAACGAAAUCUUGUAUGGGCUAUGUCACAAAUAUUUCGCGGUGGUAUUCAGACGCUCCAUCUUAUGUUUAUACAAACAGCAUUAACCGGUCUUCAUUCCUUGCUUUAUUUGGAUGAUGCAAAAUUAAAAGUGGACGCAACUUGGGCAGUAGCAUACAUUGCUGAUGAUACUGUCGAUGGCAGACAAAUUGAUGCAAUACUGACAACACCACAUUUGUUGGAAAGAUUGAUCGAAUUGCUAGAUGAAAGCGAUACGAUACGUGCUGCACUACGAGCUCUCGGAAAUCUGGUAGCGGGAGGUGAUAAUCAAACUCAAGCAGUUCUCAAUGCUGGCUUGUUGCCACGCAUGAUGAAAUUAUUCCGGAUUGAUAUGCCGGUUAUUCACAAACGUGAAGUAUCAUGGAUUCUUAGUAACAUUGCGGCCGGUUCACAUCGGCAAAUUGAUUUGCUCUUCGAAACAAAUGAUAUUGUUGAAAUACUUAUUAAAGCAUUCGACUGCGAUGACUAUCGCAUUCGCAAGGAAAUAGGUUGGACAGUAACAAAUGCGCUGACAGGUGCCAGUUUGAAUCGAUCACGUUGGCUAUGUGGAAGUAAUGUGCUUAGUUUGGUACCACAACUACUUAAUCUGCAUAGUGAACGUGAUUUGAUUGAUCGAACUCUCUAUGCUAUUGAAUUAUUGAUCGCAAAGCGAACCAACUAUAUUUUUAUACUUGAAAAUUAUCAAAUUAUGCAAACUAUACGUCAUAUUGUUCAAAGUCAAAACAAUCAAUUUGAUGCUUUAAUUAAGGCACGAGCAAACAGAAUAUUAAAUAAAGAAAGCGAUUAUAAGGCACAUCAAAUUCCAGCGAGAAGCUAUGUAUUGGUCCGUUGA